GGGGAGCUCGCGAGGCCGAGAUAUUUAGGAUGAAAUGAGAAAAAUGGAGAAAUUAAAAAGGAAAGUGUAGCAGAAAGAUGAUUUUGGAUUCUCCUUGAGACGGAAUUCUUGCUGUCAUCAGUAUUUCCAGUGUCUGGAUUUAGGAGAAAACACUGAAAUGUGGUGGUUCCAGCAAGGGCUUUGCUUCUUGCCAUCAGCUUUGGUUAUUUGGUCAGCUGCAUCUUUCAUAUUUCCAUACAUAACUGCAAUCUUUCUACGCCAUGUUGACCCACUGGUGCCCUACAUCAGUGAUACAGGAAUAAUGCCUCCUGAAAGAUGUUUGUUUGGGAUUAUGUUGAAUAUAUCCACUUUCUUAUGUAUUGCUACCAUGUAUGUUCGUUACAAACAAGUUUGUGCUCUGAAUCCAGAAAAACCCAAGAUCGCCAAGUUAAAUAAGACUGGUUUUAUACUAGGAAUGAUAAGUUGCUUUGGAAUAUGCCUUAUUUCAAACUUUCAGAAAAGUGCUCUGUAUGCCGUGCACAUGCUUGGAGCCUGUCUAACGUUUGGAAUAGGGACCUUUUACCUUCUGAUUCAGACUAUCCUUUCCUAUAUGAUGCAGCCAGAUAUUCACGGCAAAGAAAUCUUCUGGAUUCGACUAACCUUAUUAUUAUGGUGUGUAUCAAGCAUUUCGAGCAUGGCUGUUUCAACAAUACUUUUGUUCAGCGGCCAUUAUGGAACUGGUCUAGAGCAAAAGCUACAUUGGAAUCCAGAGGAGAAGGGCUACACAGUUCACAUCACCAGCACAAUGUCAGAAUGGUCUCUGGCUUUUUCCUUUCUCUCCUUUUUCCUCACCUAUAUCCGUGAUUUUCAGAAAAUUUCCUUGCGUGCAGCUGUCAAUUUAGAUGGACAAACCCUUUAUGAUACGCCCCACAGCUUGAUGACUGAUGAAAAUCCACUGCUGAUUUCAGGGAGCAUAUAACUAAGUGACAGAGGGGGAACACAGGUUAAAAACAGACAUUGUUUUUGUUAUGGGAUGUGUUCUGGCGGUUCACCUCAUUUUGUAACAUUAACAUCACAUUUGUCCGCCCAAUUGGGCCCCUGCCUCUCUCAAGGCUUUGGGGACCCAGUCCUAUGGAGCAGCUGCAAACGGGGGAACCCUGCAUGUAUCCUGAGUUGGGGUGCAUUAGCAGAAUAUGUAUGCCCAGGGAAUCCUCUGCAAGGGGAUUCCUGGGGCAUGCAUCUGCAAAUGAGGAACAUGGGGUUCCACCAUUUUCAGAGUUGAGUCCUGAGUCAAAGCACAGUACCCAUUCCUGGGGAAUUCCCUGCCAGAGGAUUUCUGUGGUUUGCCUCUACAAACGGGAACCCAUGCAGUUGCCCUCAGGUCUGCGCAGGCAGUGUGGAGCUGCCCCUGCUCUCCUACCAAAAAGCAAACAGAUGUUUUGACACAAGUGAUGCCAAUUUAUACCACCUACUGUUGCAGCCACAAUUGUGGGCAUUUAUGGCACAGCAGGGGGCAUGCACAUCUGUUUGCUUGGCCUUUGUGCCACCAUAAAAUUUUUUAUGGUGGUACCAAGGUGAUGUCUGUUUCCAGCCAUACUUUCUCAGCUUCUACAACUCAGGAAUUUAGAUGAACAAUUACAUUGCUAAUUUUCUAAGUGUUUAUUUUGCAUUAAAAAUAUCAUCUAAUCGAUCACAUAAGGUGCCUUAAUUCAUCUUGACACAUAAAGGGCUUUUCUAUUAAUCCACUCAGCAAUGCAAAUGUUUUUAUCAGCACUGUUAAUAAACGUGGUGUUUUUACUGAGCA